AUGACUGCGGAGAAGGCGCUGCCCCUGGGCAAUGGGAACGCUGCCGAGGAGCUGCGGGAGCCCGAGGCGCCAGGCGGUGGCGGCGGGAGCGCGGCGCCCGCGCGCGACUCGCGCGACAAGCGCGACAAGGCGGUCCACGAGCGCGGCCACUGGAACAACAAGGUGGAAUUCGUGCUGAGCGUGGCCGGGGAGAUCAUCGGGCUGGGCAACGUGUGGCGCUUCCCCUACCUGUGCUACAAAAACGGAGGAGGGGCAUUUCUGAUUCCUUACGUGGUGUUUUUUAUUUGCUGUGGAAUACCUGUGUUUUUCCUGGAAACGGCUCUGGGGCAGUUUACAAGCGAAGGUGGCAUUACGUGUUGGAGGAAAGUUUGCCCUUUAUUUGAAGGCAUCGGUUACGCAACGCAGGUGAUUGAGGCCCAUCUAAACGUGUACUACAUCAUCAUCCUUGCGUGGGCCAUCUUCUACCUGAGCAACUGCUUCACCACUGAGCUCCCCUGGGCCACCUGUGGGCACGAGUGGAACACAGAGCACUGUGUGGAGUUCCAGAAACUGAAUGUGAGCAACUACAGCCAUGUGUCUCUGCAGAAUGCCACCUCCCCAGUCAUGGAGUUCUGGGAGCGCCGGGUCCUGGCCAUCUCAGACGGGAUUGAGCACAUCGGGAACCUCCGCUGGGAACUGGCCUUGUGUCUCCUGGCAGCCUGGACCAUCUGCUACUUCUGUAUCUGGAAGGGGACCAAGUCUACGGGAAAGGUUGUCUAUGUCACCGCGACGUUCCCCUACGUCAUGCUUCUGAUCCUCCUGAUCCGAGGGGUAACGUUGCCUGGAGCCUCCGAAGGCAUCAAGUUCUACCUGUACCCUGACCUCUCCAGACUCUCUGACCCACAGGUGUGGGUAGAUGCAGGAACGCAGAUCUUUUUCUCCUAUGCCAUCUGCCUGGGCUGUCUGACUGCUCUGGGAAGUUAUAACAAUUAUAACAACAACUGCUACAGGGACUGCGUCAUGCUCUGUUGCCUGAACAGCGGUACCAGCUUCGUGGCCGGGUUUGCCAUCUUUUCAGUCCUGGGCUUCAUGGCGUACGAACAGGGGGUCCCCAUUGCUGAGGUUGCGGAGUCAGGCCCCGGCCUGGCCUUUAUCGCUUACCCCAAGGCUGUCACGAUGAUGCCGCUGUCCCCGCUGUGGGCCACGUUGUUCUUCAUGAUGCUUAUCUUCUUGGGUCUGGAUAGCCAGUUUGUGUGCGUGGAAAGCCUGGUGACUGCCGUGGUGGACAUGUACCCCAAGGUCUUCCGGAGGGGCUACCGGCGGGAGCUGCUCAUCCUGGCUCUUUCGGUCAUCUCCUACUUUCUGGGCCUCGUAAUGUUAACAGAGGGUGGCAUGUAUAUCUUCCAGCUGUUCGACUCUUACGCUGCCAGUGGCAUGUGUCUUCUCUUCGUGGCCAUCUUCGAGUGCAUCUGCAUUGGCUGGGUGUACGGAAGCAACAAGUUCUAUGAUAACAUCGAAGACAUGAUCGGCUACCGGCCAUUGACCCUCAUUAAAUGGUGCUGGAAGGUCGUGACGCCUGGGAUCUGUGCGGGCAUCUUCAUCUUCUUCCUGGUCAAGUACAAGCCACUAAAGUACAACAAUAUCUACACCUACCCAGCCUGGGGCUAUGGCAUCGGCUGGCUCAUGGCCCUGUCUUCCAUGCUCUGCAUUCCGCUCUGGACCUUCAUCAAGGUGUGGAAGACAGAGGGGACACUGUCCGAGAAACUCAGGAAGUUGACAAUCCCCAGCGCUGAUCUGAAAAUGCGGGGCAAGCUUGGGGCAGGCCCACGGACGGUGACAGUUAAUGACUGUGAUGCCAAACUCAAGGGCGACGGGGCCAUCGCAGCCAUCACAGAGAAGGAGACACACUUCUGA